GUGUGUGUGAGUGUAUGUGUCUGUCUCUGUGCUGGUGCUCAGUGGCAGCGUUUCUCUUCACUGCAGGGGCAGCUACAUUCUUAUCUCCAGGAUGUCGGGCCUUCUGACCAGCUCUCUUCUGCUCUUCUCCCUGACAUUGCUCAGAAAUCCAACACUAGAGGCAAAGUCUCUCUCUGCAGCAGCUCGUCUCCGCAGAGACCUCCGUGACGCAGCGCCCUACGAGGCACAGAUGAUGUCAUAUCCUGCCGCUGGGAGAAGCAAUGAUCUUUACUACCAGCCAGAGGCCUUGAGGGCUCAAGGUCUAGGACAAGCCCUCCAGCGACUGGUGGAGAGCGACCAGAGGCGGGAACAGGAAGCGGCUUAUCUGGCAUCUCUGAUGCGCCUCUUGAACGACGCGCAGAAUAACGGACAGAGCAAAGCGGAGGAGGAGGAAGAGGAUGAGGGGGAUUUCCAGGGUCCGUAUCCUCAGGACUACGAUGAGACGGAGCAGGCGGUGAGUAUGGCAAAGCCCCAGGCAUCAUGGCAGGGCGUUCUGGAUCCUCAGCUCACUCAAGCCCUGCUCAACCGCUACAAGCAAGAGAUGCUGAUGAAGGCCGGAAGUGCCAACAGGAUUCCUGAGAGACACCAGGAUAGAGAUCAAGAGAUGCUCAGGUACCUUGUUGAGAAAAUCCUCUCCGGUUUGGCAUCGGGCGGCAACCAAGCAGGACCUUCCAGCCAGCGCGCAAAACGCGACCUGGCCGCCGUGUCCAACGUGGAGCGAGCUGGAGGCUCCGCCCUUAAACGAACCCGGCGUUCCCUGGACUCCGCCCCCAUCCCCUCCACCCAGGCCGAGGCCUCGCUGUUAAGGGUGAAGAGGCUCGAUGAUGACGACGAUGAAGGUGUCACAGGCCAGAGCAACAGAACGCCACACGUCGGCCUGCAGAGGAUGAAGCGCAUAGACACUGACCUGCCACCCCCCAAAAAAAACAGCCGCAAGCGCCGGGCUCUGACCUACGACCCCAACCUGAUCGCACAGCACAUCCUGCAGUACCUACCAGCCUAAAGAGAUAUGGAGAAAUUAAAGGGGGAAUGUGAGAUAAAAAGAGAAAGAAUAUAGACAGAGAGGGAAAUAUCACUCGCUUACAGACAUGCCAGCAUUGUCAUUAAAGUCAGUUCAGGCCUGCUUGCCAAGGUUCGAUGUUAUACUAUAAUAAAAUCCACACGUAACAGCUUAUCUAACAUGCUUUCUGUUUUUCAAAACAAUGCAUUUCGUGCAGGCAUAACAAGAUCUUAUUGAAAUGGAUCAUUUAUACUUUUAGCCAUUGGCUUGUAGAAGUGUCUCGUACAAACAUGUGUCUGUAUUUGUCAGAAUCAACAGGAUCAAAAUCACAUUAAGAUUCUUGACUCCAAAUGAUGUUAUAUUACAAUCAAGGUCAUGCAAGAGUAAAAAAAAAAGAUUGUUUUAAGAACAUGGUUGGAUCAAAUAUGGUUAUUUCCCAUCUUAAUUUAAACCAGCAGUUGGGUUGCCCGUUUGACCCAACCAUGAGUUGGAUCAAUUUGAACGCUAAUUAAACACGGACAACUUUAAUAAAUCCAUUAAGACAGAAAUCUCUGGAAUGAUUUAUUGCAGCAUCACUGUUAUUGCAUAAAAGAACAGAUACGUUCAGAACUGCUACAUGGUUAAAUUGCACAACACAUUCAGAUCAGCUGCGGCGGACGAAAUGAGUUUAAAGAGUGAGUUUCCGGUUUUCUUUUCCUCUGAUUGGUUGUGGUAUCUGUAUAGAGUGAGAUGUGUGUCCUUAAAUCGAUCUGGUUGUCGUAUAGUAACUGGUUUUCUGUCCCACCUGAUCUUUUUGCCCGCUGGGCUCGUUCGUUUUUCAUCCAGUCCUGAAAUCUUGUAUAAAAAAUACAUAUCUCUGCACUGUACGUUCUGUCAAACCUCACCAUCACUGUAAGUGUUAAUAAAGUGAAUGUGACCACAAA